AUGUCCCUGAAAGCCCUCCUCUAUGCGUAUGUGCUAGGCGGCAUUACAUUCCUCCCGCUCGUCAUAUUCGGUGCUAUCUUUUACACCAUCUACACCUCGGUUCCCGUUGGAGACCCUGAUCCUGACAAGCUCAAGAAACGCGAGCUCGAGCAAUCGCAGGCGGACGAGAACGCCGAUGACCCAUCCACCACCUCUGCCCCGUCCCCGACCGAGCUCAAUGACACCCCCAGAGUCCGCAAAGGCUGGCUCACCGUGCGCCGGACCUUCGAAGAGUCGCCUACGGACGCUUCGUACGUGGACAUGGUGAGGGGCUUCCUGGACGCGCGCUCGAAGGACCCGAAGCGGUCUCGGCCGAAGGACACCUGGUACGUCGCGCUCAAGGGCAAGGUGCUCUACCUGUACGAGGACGAGAGCAUGACCGAGUGCGAGGCGGCGAUCGAGCUGAGCGGCCACGACGUCGUCGUCUUCCCCGAGGGCCUGCCGGACGGCGAGCUGUUCGCGAAGCGGAACGCGAUCUGCCUCAAGCCGAAGACUGAGGCGGUCGUGGGGAGGGGGAUGCCGAGCGUGACACGGGAGAUGCAGCUGGGCGGGGAGGACGUCGAGGAGGUCGUGGAGGAGAAGGGCGGGGGCCCGCGGCAGAAGCAGCGGGUGCGGGAGAAGCUGGCGGAGGCGGAGAAGGCCCGGGACGAGGCGAGGGAGCAGGCGUUGGACGCGUCGACGCCGUGGUUCGUGUUCGUCCGGUCGGCGGUGGAGAUGGAGGAUUGGUACCUCGCGCUGGUGCACGCGUCGGACAACCCCGCGAACAGCUCGACGCUGGAGCCGCUGAAGCCCGUCUACCAACCCGAGGAUAUGUCCCACCUAGUCGCGACGCUGGACGAGCAGCCGGAUGUCAUCCCUAUGCGGUGGCUGAACGCGCUUCUCGGUCGGAUAUUCUUCAGCUACUACCGGACGCAGACUCUGGAGUCGUACAUCAUCGGGAGGCUCAUGAAGAAGAUCUCGAAGGUGAAGCGGCCUACAUUCCUCACUGACAUCAAGGUCCGGGAGGUCAGUGUCGGUAACAGGGCACCGACGCUCAGCAAGCCUAUGCUCAAGGAGCUCACGAAGGAGGGAGACGCCUCGUUAGAAGUACAUGUGGCGUACAAAGGCGAGGUACGGAUUACCGUGGAGGCCACGGCGACGAUCAAUCUGGGUGCGCGAUUCAAGACCUACGUCGUCAAGCUCGUUCUGGCUCUGGUCGUACGGGAGAUUGAAGGGAACCUGCUCGUCAAGGUCAAGCGACCGCCAAGUAGCCGUAUCUGGUACGCCUUCACCCAGAUGCCUAAGAUCGUCAUGGACGUGGAGCCUGUCGUGAGCGACCGUCAAAUCACAUGGAGCAUGAUCCUGAGUACAAUUGAGUCGAAGGUCAGAGAAGUAAUUAACGAGUCCGUCGUGCUGCCCAACAUGGACGACAUCUCCUUCUUUGAGAGUUCCCAGUAUCAGCACCGUGGUGGCAUUUGGGCAGAUGCAUCCCGUUCAGAGCAGGCCUCAACCCUCAGCAACGAGCAACCUACGUCGACAGACGGGACAAGUGCGACAUCUGCACCAUCAUCUGAAACGUCUAAACUAGAUGCGGCAGAGACCCAGCGACCGCCUGUUCACCGUUCACACUCAGCGGAGGAAGUCGAGCAUACGGCUACGAGCACAUCUCCGCCAGAUGCAUCCCCCAUGGCCCGGGCCACCACUGUAGACAUUGCACCCACCGCUAUCCCCGGUACCUCUCCCGAUGCAAGGCGGCGCCCACGGCUUUCGAACGGGCAAGACGGGACAGAUACGCCUACGGUGGCCUUGACCAGUGCGCCUCUCCCAGAGGAAUACGUCUCGAGAGGAAGGACCCUCGGAUCAGAUGUUGUCGCGCCGCGCCGCUCAAGCUUGCCGAACUUUGACAAGACGUCGGAGCCUCAUGAUGACACUCAAUUGCAGCCCGAUGACGCCGACGAAGCGCAAUUCCUGUCCCCUACACCUCGUGAACGUCGUUCCCCUUCACAGCAUUCUCGGUCUGCGUCGUCUCGUGCUGCUUCACUCUCCUCCUCACAUGCAGGCGACAUUUCAGACGAUGCGUCAGACUCACAGACUUCCAACUACCGACCGAAGAGCCCUGCCAGUGGAAGCUCUCCUCGCCAGCAGUCUACUGGCCCAGCUACCACGUUCCUGCAGACGCUCAAGUCUCGUGCUGGUGACAAGCAAGCGCUCAGCAACACGGCCAAGGAGACGAUGCGCAAAUGGGGUGUCAGCUGGGGAAACUUCCGACGGGACACCAUGGGAAGCAAUGGCUCCGGGCAAUCGGCGGCUUCGGCGGACGAGGUCCCCGACGCGGGCCACGGAGACCAGCGCCGUCCGGAUAGCCGAACCUCGACGGUCAGGCCGAGCUACGCUGAAGUCCGCGCUGCGGUGGAGACAAGGCGGGAGAGAGAGCGCGCACCCGUCCAGGAGCACGCCUCAAGAAGCAACGGUGCUGCAGACCCCAUCCCUGUGCCGCCCAGCGCGAAGGGCAAGCAUAGAGCGGAGAGCGCCUCGUCCGACAAUGCACCUGGUGACAUCUCUCCUGCGUCCACAGGCGCGUCGAAACUGGGUGUGAGCGCACAUGAUGAGGCUCUCACUGCGCUGGAGAGAACAGAUUCUCAGGUCUCGGCUUCAUCUCACCAUAGCGCCAGUCAAGUAUUUGGCGUUCCUCCUGUGGAGGACCAACGACCGCCAUCGACGAUACACACACAACCUCCUCCCCCCAAGACAAUGUCCAUCCCGGGCAUACACGCGAGCCAUCGCGGGGAGGUUAUGUCGAUGGGCUACGCGCCGCCGCCACCACCGGUCCCGCAGGAGCCGAAGAAGGCGCCGUUGCAAAGCGUAUACCGUUUGUGGAAGAAUCCCGCAUCUGAUUCCACAACAUCCACACGGAGCGAGCCAGCACCUGUAUCUCAAACAGGCUUUACGGGUCGUGAUCAGGACUCUGCGCCGCCAUCGAUAUCGGAGGGAGAUGAGGGUGCGCCAUUGGCAUCACCGCAGCCGCCGCGACCGGUACCUCCUCCCCUUCCUCCCCGUGCCGCCUCGACGACCGUACAUAGCAAGCCUGAAGUCGCGCGUUCACCUGAUUUAGACGCAUCUCCGUCUUUGAAUUCGAUGUCGCGGGCAUCUGCCGCCUUGCAAUCGAUCGCCUCGAAGGACAGGGAGAAACGCGCUUCGCUCACCCCGCCAUCGACCGCCCAGGACCGGGACGGAAGUGCCAGCGGUGACUUAUCUGGCGCAGAUCCAUCGACACCAUCUCCAGAAGAGUCCGGCUCACUUGAUCGCAGCGAGCAGGAUCUUUCUUCGCCGCCGCCGUCGUCUGCAUUAGUCACACCCACGCCAUCGCAUCCGUCAAGUCCUCCUCCUAGCGGCCGCGGACCACCGCCUGCCCUCCCGCCGCGUCGACUGCGGGCGGCGGCGUAGUACAUAGCCCGUAUAUCUCCAUGGACAAUUGGGUUCGCUUAUCCGCAUCCUCCCCGUCUUUGCUUGUCGAGUCUGUCACAACCGUCAUCCCC